AUGGGCCCGAGGGGCAGCGUGUCCGCCCUGAGGAGCCAGUCUGACGCGGCAGUGGCGCGGGAGCGCGACCUGCAGGAGCGCCUGCUGGCCCUCACCGCCGACCACGCACGGGCCGCAACCGAGCUGGCGCUUGCGCAGCAGCAGCUGCGCGAGUCGCGCGACGCCGCCGCCGCCGAGCGCCGCCGCGCGGACGCGCUGCAGCGGCAGGCGGACGGCGGCGGCGCGGUGCGGCAGCAGCUGGGGGAGGUGUGGCGCACGAUGGUGAUCAUGAAGGAAGAAAUGCACGCGCUGCUGCUGCAGGAGUCGGCGGGGACGGCGCAGCAGCAGCAGCAGCAGCAGCAGCAGCCACAGCUGCUGCUUAUGGCGCCGCCGCAAGGCGUGCAGCAGCAGCAGCAGCAGCAGCAGCAGCAGCAGCAAGUGGUGUGCGCUGACGAGCGGCCGCCAUCCGCGGCGUCCGGCAGCAGCGGCGGCACGAGCGCGCGUGCGCCUCGCGCGUCGCCACGGGAGCUUCAGCAGCAGGAGCUGCGCCGCGACCUCAGCCGCAGCCGCAGCCUCGACGGCGGCGAGGGCGGGCCGCGGCAGGCGCUGGGCGGCAUGCUCAGGAUGCUGUCGGGUGGCGGCAAGGGGCGCAGGAGCCUCAGCUCGAGCGCCGGCGGCAACGCCACCGCUGUACGGGGCACAGGCGAGGGCCCAGGGCAGCUAGAGCCGGCCAGUCGCGGCGGCGGCGGGGCAGGCGCCGGCGGCGACGGCAACGGCGACGAAGCGCGGUGA